GAAAAAAACACUCUCGUAUCUUCAACAUUUCAUAUAUAAAUAAUGGGAGAAGGAUUUAUUAAACCCAUCAUCAUUGAGGAUAUUAGUGACGAUCAUGGUGAAACUACUGAGGAUGAGCCGUUGAGCCCUGCUGCACGGCUUUUUCAGUCACCGGAACUCAAUUGCUCGAUCAUAGUCGUCUUGGGUUGCAACACACCAAUCAAUGUCCCCGCUUUCGUAUCAGGGUUUAUGAAAUCUGUGGCCAAGCACCCUCGUUUCUCCAGUUUGCUUUUAACCGAUGAUAAGAAUGGUGAGCAAAUGAGUUGGAGAAGAACAAAAAUCGACGUACAUAAGCAUGUCUAUGCUCCAGAUUUGGAUCCGAAUAUGAAGUCAGCUGAUGAUUAUGUUGAAGAUUAUGUAUCCAGUCUCACUAAUACAGGAUUUGAUAUUACAAAACCGUUAUGGGAGCUUCAUUUUUUAAAUGUAAAGACAUCGGAUGCUAAUGGAACUGCAAUAGCUAAAAUUCAUCACUCAGUAGGGGAUGGAGUUUCUAUCAUGUCUCUGUUUCUAGCUAGUAGCAGAAAAGCUUCUGAUCUCGAUUCGCUGCCUAGCUUUCCUCUUCCAAAAACCAAAAGGCCAACUGAAUUUAAGAAUCUUUGUCAUGGUUUUUUGGAGGUUUUGUACACUAUGUGGACCGCAAUUUUGAUGUUUUUUAACACUUUUGUCGAUGUUAUGAAUUUCACUGCCACUGCUUUGUUCUCGAAAGACACAGACACUCCGCUCAAAGGUGCUCCAGAGGAUGUCAGAUUGAGCAGUAAGAGAAUUGUGCACAAAAUUUUUAGUUUGCAUGAUAUAAAGCUAGUGAAAUCUGCAAUGAACGCGACAAUCAAUGAUGUUCUGCUAGGAAUAACAAUGGCUGGCAUCUCUCGCUAUCUCUAUGGAAAAUAUGCACCGAGAAGUUGUGAAGAUGAAAAGGAUUAUGCUACAACACGCAAAAAGGAAAACAAUCUGCCUGCAAAAAUUCGAGUCAGAUCACUGUUAGUGCAUAAUCUUAGACCAUCUACCGUAGUUGAGUCAUUGGCUGAGAUGACGGGAAAGGAGAAGAAAUUGGUGUGGGGUAACAAGAUUGGUUAUGUUCUUCUCCCAGUCACCAUUGCUUUACAAGAUGAUCCUUUGGAUUAUGUUCGCAAGGCCAAGGCCAUUGCUGAUAGAAAGAAGCUCUCAUUCGAAGCUAUAUUAUCUUACUCCAUAGGCCGGUUUGUGCUCAAGUUCUUGGGGAUUAAGCAACUUGCUGCUGUGAUGAACAAAGUUACAUCAAACACGACGAUCGCCUUCUCCAAUAUGGUUGGUCCUACAGAAGAUAUCAGCUUCUACGGGCAUCACUUGUCUUAUAUUGCUCCUGGUACCUGUGGACAGCCACAAGCAUUGACAGUACAUUGGCAGAGCUACGGAGAGAAAAUGAUCCUUGUAUUAACAGUCGAUCCAGAUGUGAUACCGGAUUACAAAAAUAUUUAUGCUGAUAUGGAGGCAUCACUUCAGCUUAUUAAAGAUGCUGUGGUGCAAAGAGGCGAGGCCGUCCCUGUGUAGAAUCUCGACGGAGCUGGCUCAUUUGUGCUCUGAUCAGCGAAAUUGAGUAAUCCUCAGAAAUGAAGUCCAUUAGUACGGUGUAAUGUUACAUAUAAUAACACAUUCUUUCUGAGAAUGCUUGUAGACUGUAUUAAAAUUGUGCAGAGAAUCGUUAGUUUACAUGAUGCAGAGUUAGUAAAAUCUGCAAUGAACAGGGUAUAAGUAUAAAUGUAUAAUGUUUAGAGGUACUUGCAAUUCGGACCCUCUAACUUUCUUUCAAAACCGAUAUUGUACUUGUACUUUUGGAAACUCAAA